UGAAAUGUGGGGUGGGGCAUUAUGUGCCACAUGCCUGGGCUCCCACCUGGGCCAGUGGGCUUCAGUCUGUAGGUGACUACAGAAGGAGGAGGAGCUCCCUCUGUUCUCUCUUCAGGCAGUUGUUGUGUCUCUCAGUGCUUGUUGGGUUCACAACCUAUUAAAUAAGUCGACUGGUCUUCACCCUCCCAGACAAGUCAACUCAGGGGGAGGUGGCAGGGUGCGGGCCUUGGUCUGCAGCCCUAGUUGGGGCCGGGGCCCCGGGCCCAGGGCCCGGGGCUGGGCUGUGAGGUGGGCAGGCGAGCAGUGGGCAAGACCAUCUCUGCAAGUGCAGCAUAGCCUCGGCCUAGGGCAGCGGGAGUGCGAGGCCAAAGCUGUGAGCAGAGGCCCAGGUGGUGGCAGACAGUAGAGGCAUCCCAUGGGGAACAUACUGACCUGUUGUGUGCGCCCCAGGGCCAGCCACGAGUUUGACCAGCCACGGGGGUCUGUAUGUCCCUCUGAGUCCGAGAUCUAUGAGACAGGAGCUGGCGACGGGAUGGCAGGAGCUGGGGACAGGAUGGCAGGAGCUGGGGACAGGAUGGCAGGAGUGCCCAUGGCUGCUGCUGUGCAACCUGCUGCGGUGACUCUUGAAGUUGGUGAGGACCUCCACAUGCACCACAUCCAUGACCGGGAGAUGCCUGAAGCUUUGGAGUUUAACUCUUCUGCCAAUCCAGAGGCAAGCACAGUAUUCCACAGGAACUCUCAGACAGAUGCUUUGGAGUUUAACCCUUCUGACAAUCCAGACGCAAGCACAAUAUUCCAGAGGAACUCUCAGACAGAUGUUGUAGAAAUAAGAAGAAGCAACUGUGCAAACCAUGUAUCUACUGUGUGUUUCAGUCAACAGUACAGCUCAUGUUCGACAAUACUCCUUGAUGACAGCACAGCCAGCCAGCCUUAUCUUACAAUGACAAUAAUAUCAGAUGCAGAUGGAUCUUUGAGCAUAUUUGAUGAACAGUUAUACUCAUUUAUGUUAAGUGGCACUUUUAUUGCGGUUGUAUUUUCAUCAUACACUUGUAAUUGUGAGCUGUCUAUAGGACCCUGCAAGUCAUUACCCAAUUCUCAAAGCCAUUCUUCCUUCUGUUCCACACAGGUUUCCACCAUGCACAUUACCCAAACAAGAAGUGGAGGUGGGAGUUUAAGUAACUAUUCCUCCUCCAUUCCAUCGACUCCCAGCACCAGCCAGGAGGACCUUCAGAUCAAUGUUCCUCCCACUGCCAACACACCCAUGCCCGUUCGCAAGCAGUCCAAGCGCUGGUCCAAGCUGUUUACAUCUGAGAAAGGGAGUCACCCAGACAAACAGAAGAAAGCCCCAGAGAGCCAUGCUGACACCAUCGGGAGUGGCAGAGCCAUCCCCAUUAAACAGGGCAUGCUCUUAAAGCUAAGUGGGAAAUGGCUGAAGAAAUGGAAAAAGAAAUAUGUCACCCUCUGUGACAAUGGCAUGCUCACCUAUUAUUCAAGCUUAGGUGAUUACAUGAAGAAUAUUCACAAAAAAGAGAUUGACCUUCAGACAUCUACCAUCGAAGUCCCAGGAAAGAGGCCACCCCUAGCCACAUUGGCCUGUGCGCCCAUUUCCAGCUCUAAAAGCAAUGGCCUAUCCAAAGACAUGAACAGUCUACCUAUCUCAGCCAAUUCAGACACCGGGCUGGGUGACUCUGUAUGCUCCAGCCCCAGUAUCUCCAGCACCACCAACCCCAAGCUCAACCCACCCCCCUCUCUUCAUGCCAACAAAAACAAACACCGAAGGAAGAAAAGCACCAACAACUUGAAAGACGAUGGCCUGUCCAGCACUGCUGAAGAACAAGAAGAAAACUUUAUCAUUGUGUCCCUCACUGGCCAAACGUGGCACUUUGAAGCCAUGACGUAUGAGGAGCGGGAUGCCUGGGUCCAAACCAUCGAGAGCCAGAUCCCGGCCAGCCUGCAGUCAUGCGAGAGCAGCAAAAGCAAGUUCCGGCUGAUGAGCCAGAGGGAGGCCAUGGCCCUGCAGUCCAUCCGAAACGUUGGGAACUCCCACUGUGUGCACUGUGAGACCCAGAAUCCUAACUGGGCGAGUUUGAACUUGGGAGUCCUCAUGUGUAUUGAAUGCUCAGGGAUCCACCGUAAUCUUGGCACCCACCUUUCCCGAGUCCGAUCUCUGGACCUAGAUGACUGGCCAGUUGAGCUCAUGAAGGUUAUGUCAUAUAUUGGCAAUGACCUAGCCAACAGCGUCUGGCAAGAGAGCAGCCAGGGGCAGAGAAAACCAUCAGUAGAUUCCACAAGGGAAAAGAAGGAAUGGUGGAUCUGUGCCAAAUAUGAACAGAAGCUCUUCCUGGCCCCACUACCCUACACGGAGCUGUCCCUGGGCCAGCACCUGCUGCAGGCCACCAGUGAGGACCUGUGGACAGCCAUCCUGCUGCUGGCACAUGGCUCCCGGGAGGAAGUAAAUGAGACCUGUGGGGAGGGAGACAGCUGCACGGCGCUCCAUCUGGCCUGCCGCAAGGGGAAUGUGGUCCUGGCACAGCUCCUGAUCUGGUUCGAGGUGGAUGUCAUGACCUGAGAUUCCCACGGGAACACAGCGCUGGCCUACGCCCGGCAGGCCUCCAGCCAGGAGUGCAUCAACCUACUGCUGCAGUACGGCUGCCCCGACGAGCGCGUGUAGUAUCUGUUUAAUUUUAUUUGACUGCAGUCUCGUUGGUGCAAAAACAAAAUGGGGAAAAUAAAUAAGAAUAACUCAGAAAUUCAAAAGGAAAUCACAAAUUCAGCUAAUAAUUGCAUUUUCAGUACAUUUUGUAAACUAAGCAAAUACACAAAAAGUUGAUUUUUCUGACUAUAAGAGGUAUUUUAUGUCCUUUUGCUUAGUGUGUGUGUUAGUUUCAGGCCCUCCUGGGCCACAUUGCCCGAGUCACACAGGCUUCUGUAUUAUGUAUUUAGAUAAGAUGUGUGAAAAUAUAUUAGAAAAAAGUUCAUAAAUAUGCGUUGA